AUGAAGCCCUUCAGCUGGGCCAUGGUGUGCAGGGAGCCGUCUGGUGAUAAGAUUGUGCAGGCAGGAGAGGACGAAUGGAUUACUCAAAAGAAAGCUACGACCACUGGCGUAAAGAUAGUUAAAUAUGAUGGCGUCUGGAUGAUCGAGUCCUACGCCACCAUCCUUCGGGAGGAGAGGCUUGUGUUGGCUCGAGUGAAGAAGGCAUCUGAUCUCAAUCUCAAGUGUGGCAUCUUCCGCCUACCACUCGAGCUUCGUCUGUCCAUCUACGACCUCGCUGUCGAGGCGCACAAGCUCCGAGUCUUCCUUCGAGGUCAAUAUGGACAACCCACCGGCAUCACCCUCCCCGAAGUGGCGUAUACCAGCAAGCAGGUCCGCACUGUGUUCCUUCUCCGCCAAUCGGAAACCACCGCAUUUAGCGUUGAGAACGGCCCAGGUAAUGCAGCUUUUCAGGAGUGGCUCGCCAGUGUGGACUUCUCCAGUGUCUCAAACAACUACAAGAACGGCUUCGACGCAAUCAAGGCGUUGACCUUCCCUUUCUUCUCCCGAUUCCCGCUCUGGGUAGUCCCAAUACACAAACCAAACAGCAACGUGCAGCUGAUGGAGCGCUGCAAAACCCUGAAGACUGUUUCUAUGGGCUGGGCGAGUGUCACGCUUUUCAACAUCAAUACUGGAGCUGGAAAGACCAUGGAUCAGUUGAGGGCUGAGUAUCGUAUCGAUGGGCUCCUACAGCUGAAGAAUUUGGAGACGAUCACUCUGGUUGGGUUUGGUAUGAGUGCUUCAGCAUCACCCCAGCUACAGGCGCUUGCAGACUGGUUGAAAAGCAACUGGAGUGGUCACCCUGAGCGUGAGCUCGAAGUGGUGUUGUUGUUGUAG